CACAGAGGUUUAUGAAAUCUCCCGUCUCCGACUCGCAAGUUCGCGGUCCCGUAGUGAUGGUGUAGAAAGUUUAUUAAUGGGUCGCAGGAGAACUUUGUUGAGCUACUGCAGUUUUCUGACAGGUUCUAAUCUCUUUUAAUCAGUGCAAAGUUGCUGUGAUUUCGUAUAAGACGUUGAAAACAGCCGUGACAUAACCUCAAUUUCCGAAAAGAUGUCUCACAGUGAUAUGAUGAAUUCCUCGAGUGGUCAUGGAUCUCAUAUGGAUCACACAAGUCAUAUGGAUCAUGGAAGUAUGGAUCAUGGAAGUAUGAAUCAUGGUAAUAUGGAUCAUGGAAGUAUGGAUCAUGGUAGUAUGGAUCAUGGAAAUAUGGAUCCUGGAGCAAUGGCAUCAAUGAAUCACAAUAGUCACCAGACGGCUAGUGGUGAUCACUCAAUGCACGGUGGAAUGUCGAUGUUCUUCCACGGUGGAUAUUCCGAAACAGUUUUGUUCGAAUGUUGGAAAAUUUCCUCGGUCGGUGGUCUCGUGGGAUCCAUAAUUGGAAUUGUCAUAAUGGCAGCUCUGUACGAAGGCCUUAAAUAUUACAGAGAAUAUCUUUUCUGGAGAACCUACAAUGCACUUCAAUACAGAAGUGUUUCGAUGCCACAGGAAAAAAAUAUCGUCGCCGAAGACAGUCGAGUCGUUCAUAUGGUCGGCGAGGUUAUCCACAAACAGCCGCCCACAAUGCUGUCUUGGAUGCACACCUUCCAGACGUUUUUACACAUAAUCCAGAUCAUCCUCUCGUAUUUUCUGAUGCUCAUCUUCAUGACCUACAACGUCUGGUUGUGCUUUGCUGUGGUUUUGGGUACAGCGAUUGGUUACUUCCUUUUUGGCUGGAAAAAAUCCGUGAUUGUGGACGUGACGGAACAUUGCCACUAAUUUAUAAUAUAAUUUAACAAAAAAAAAACAAGUUAAGU